AUGGAGGCAGUCCGGCGGGAGGUGGUGGGGCAGCUGGAGGAGGCCAGCGAGCGGCUGGCGGAGGUCGCCCACGAGCUGGAUGUGGUGGUGGUGCAGGCGGCGCGGCAGGCGGGCAGCGCCGAGGAGGCGGAGCACCUCAAGCGCCAGGCCGCCACCGCGAUCGCUGACGUGGCGCGCAUGCUGCGGGCCGAGGGCCCCGCCGCCGCCAUCGCCGAGGAGAUUGUGGACGAUGAUCUGAGCAACCUGGAGGAGACCAGCAGAGCGGUGAUGCACCAUGAGGGGAGCGGCGGCGGCGGCGGCGGCGGUGGCAGCCCCCGCUCGGAUGCCGCAGCGGCGCCCGCGAGCCCCAGGUCGCCGCGGCCGGCGGCGCUGCCUGCGGGGGCCAGGCAUGAGGGUAGCGCGGAGCGGACGCUGUAG